AUGCACCCAUCCCUGCUGGGAAUCCAAAAGAAUUGGACAAUAUGGGGCGAAAAUUUUAACUCCUUUUCGAAAGAGGAAAAGCCUGCACAUGGUGAGGCAUACUCGACAGGGAGAGGAGACCAACCAGAAUGCACACCCGUGGGUAGAAGUGGGGGGCGUCAGAACGGGGGGGGAAACGAGGCAGCAUCAGGUGAGUGUCCCAAUGAGGACAAAGCAGCAUCAGGUGAUCAUCCCAUUGGGGGCAAAGCAGCAUCAGGUGAGUGCCCCAAUGAGGACAAAGCAACACCACGUGAUCAUCCCAAUGGGAACAAAGCCGCGUCACGGGAACACCCCUAUGGGAAGUACCUGCAGAACGCGCACUCACUCCUGGUGACGAAAAAAAUAAAGGAAGCAUUAAGCAAGCUGAGGGACAAACACAGUUACAAAGUGAUCUCAAAAAAAAUUAAAAAGGAAAAGAACAAAAUAAACGCACUGCUCUCCAUCUAUCACUUAAAAAAGGGAAGCCUAAAGCAAAACCUCAGCGAACACACUUACAGAAAGGCCAUCAUGAAUGCCAAAACAAAAAUUUUUCAAGUUUUAAAAAAGAACAAAGAAAGAUCCCUCAUAGAUAUUUACUAUGAGGAAAAACGAAAAUACAAAGUACGAAAGGAGAAGCUGUUAGAAUUACAAAAAAAAUUAAUUACAAAUUCGAGAGUGGCACAAAUCAAUGUAAAGAAAUUUUUCCAAAAGUAUGGAUAUAUUGGAUUAGGAACCUACUUCGUUGUAUUUUUUUUAACUUUUUCAUGUUGCUACUUCUUUGUCCACUUUAAAUACAUUUCCUUGGCUGACUUAACUUACUGGUCUGAAAAAAUGCACCUAACUAAAUACAUGAAUGACGAUCUACAAAAAAAAAUUGAUUCUUUAUGGGGGGAACUCAUUUUUGCCUACAUCGCUUCCAAGGUGACUGAACCUGUUCGAAUUGUGAUUACUAUUCUGAUCACUCCCUACAUUGCUAAGAUGGCGUGUAAAAAGGGCACAUAUAACAUGCGGGGCGGGUGA